UCACCCAGCCACCAUCACACACAUUCCCCUCUCACUGCACGACAGCUGACAACACCUUUUCAUUUUCUCGGCAGCACCACACACUCACACAGCCUGAUCCGAGAGAGAGAGAGGCAAACAGGCUUCGUUUGUGCUGCUCACACACUCGCAUGCAGACGCACCAGCUCUGAGGAAGCUGGUCCGAGGCUGGAGACGUUGUCUCGAGAAUGGAAUGGAACUUCGGAAGGAUGGAGAGUGAACUGAGGCACAUCAACCCAGACCUGCUGCAGCCCAGCAAGAGCUUCAAGAAGCCCUCCUCAAGCACCAUCACCCUCAAUGUAGGGGGGUUCCUGUACACCGCCCACCGCACCACCCUCUCCAAGCAGCAGGGGUCCUUUCUGGAAGAGGUGGCCAACGGCAAGAAGGCGGUUCAGCACACCGACUCCAUGGGCAACCCGUUUAUCGAUAGAGAUGGUCCAGUUUUUCGCCAUGUGCUCAACUACCUGCGAACUGGUGAGCUCCAGCUACCUGACGACUUCCGGGAGGCAGGGCUCCUGCGACGGGAGGCCAACUUCUACCAUCUGAGCGAGCUUGUGGAAGCGGUGGUCGACUGGGAGGGUCAGAGGGCGGCCCAGAAAGAACCCGCCUUUUUGGAGGUGACGGACAGCCAUGAGAGGUCGCAGGGCCUCAAGGUGUACUGCAGCGAGCCCACCUUCAUUGACAAAGUGAAGGCCCGGCUGGUCCAGAUCUCCAAGAGCCGCCUGGACGGCUUCCCGGAGGAGUUUGAGGUGUCGUCCAACGUGAUCCAGUUCCGGCACUUCAUCAAGUCGGAACCCGGCUCGCGGCUUGUCCUGAAGGAGGACAGCACAUUCUUGUGCACGCUUGACUGUCUGAAACUGGAGACGGUGAUGCUGGCGCUGAGAUCGGGCUUCAAACUGGUCACCAGUCUCGACAGCAGCAAAGGAUCAGUGGUGACGGCUGAGGCCCUUCACUUUGUCAAGUAGGCACGGAGGCAAACCGAGAGAGGAGGAGAAGAAGCGGUGGAGAAAUAAAAGAGUAGUGGCUGAUUCCACAUCCACCCUGCUAAUGUAAGGUAUUGGCUUGAAGGUCGUGUAAUGUGUCAACAGGUGGACGGGACUGUAUCACAGGACCAACCUUUGCACUGCUUUGUAAGCUAGCAUGUAUAGAAUUUAGAGCUACUCAGCAUUAAUGCUAUCUAAAUUGGAUGUGACGAGAUAUCCUAGCACCGCUCUGUGAUGUAGAAGAAAAGCUUCUACGGAGAAGACAAAGGGAUCAAACAUCAACAGUUUUAUCAGUAGAUUCGUCUCGGCACAAUAACUGCUUCUGCCGCGAUGUGCACUGUGGUGCCAUUCAGCUUUUACUACAGUUCGCGUGCGUGUGUGUGUGUGUGUACGUGUGUUGCUUAACCCUGUGUGAGCAGUGUUUAGUUGGUUUAAUAGCUUGUGUUUAGUUUAUUAGUCUGAAGGAGCCUGAAGGGAAAACCACAGAGCGCCGUGGUCGGGCUUGAUGGACGAACAAACCUCACACCCAAAUCAGACUCAAGCGGUGUGAACUGUUUCUCACAACGUGUCGACAAGUUGACUUCAAGUGCAAAGAACCGUGAUUAUUGUAAGGGCUUUGAAUCUCGCAUGAUGCAUGUGCACCGGAUGAACUGUGUGCUUGUGAAGUGCUGUGAGCCUCUGUGAAGCCGGUGCCACAACACUGUCUAUGAAUAUUGUGAAUAUUU